CUUCACAAAACUGGAAGUGUCGUUCUAUCAAGCGCGCGAAAUAUCGGCUACACAGAGGUCACUUCAGCUGGUGCUGCAAUCACAACUACUCUGAGCAGUAAUACCGAAAACAACACCGAUAUCGGACAGGUAUCUAUGGGAGGUAACUACGAUUCAGCCCCUCAGAUACUCCAACAUCAACAAGCUGACCAAAAGCCUGAUGAGGAGAACUCUGCCUUGGUGGAUUUCUGUCAUCCUAAUAGUGCAUCAAAGGAUGGUUCUAAUGGUAUGAAUGGAUCUGUAUCCUUUGUGGAACCACAUGCAACUGUUCAGCAGCCGCAAAACAACAGCGGUGAUCAGGAACAGAAUGAGAAAAAAUCAUCAAACUCGUCCACAAACCAACACAGUAAGCUUCGGGUCCUCCUUUUCGACAUGGAGGAUGAGGAUGAAAUAGAUGAUGAAGCUAUUCCACAUACUGAAUCGAUGACUGUUGGGGAUAGCAACCUCGACUUCUCCCGAGUAGACUCUCGCGAAACAGCCAGUGAAUCCGUCCAGCUUGAUAAAUCAAAAGACGGACGUCUGUUCAAAGGUUGUUCAGCUGUUGGAACUACUGCAAAUCUCCCAACAGCUAUUGUGGCGCCUACAGCAUUUUCAAUCGCUGCAAAUGGAAGUAAUCCCAAUUAUGGCAGUUCUGGUAGUACUACCAACAGUCCAUCUUGUUGCAACUCCGAUGAAAUGUCAAAUGAGUAUGGCAAAGAAAAGCCACAAACUCCACUUUCAGCAAGCAAGAGGAAACAUGGGCAGGAAAGUGGAUUCAAUUCCUCCAACUCGCCAUUAAAACAAAAGAAGUGCGACGAUUUCCCAAUCCUAGCUACCACUUCUUCAUCCGUGACAACGCCAUCCACAGUACUAACCUCUGGACCAUCCAUGAAUUCUCGAGUCACAACGUCUACUCACAAUAACACCAUGGAACUAGCUACUGCCAACGCUUCAAUCAAUACUGGAACUAUCCUCAGUCUCCAUCCGCCCAGUGCUGGAGGUAAUCGUCUUUCUGUCAAUACGACUCAACAAAUGGAGGGCAUCACAUUGCCAGUUUCAUCAGCUGUCAAUUGUGGAGGAAAUAUUAUAAUCUGCUCCAGUUCUCCAGCUCUACAACAACCACAACAGGCAAUUGGAGCCUGGAAUUGUCAGGUUAGUCUAUUCAAUCUGCAGUAG